AAAUGAAAAUUGAUGUUAACAUACUUCUGGCCGUUGUAGACGCUGUGAGAAUGCGGCUUAUUGCGAGACCAUGCGAGACUAAAAUUCAUCAUGGCGCCUUGCUGCUUUCGUUGUUCACCUCGAGAAUAAUACACGCGUUUUAUCGUUUUAGCGUUAAAUCGUUAAGAUUUACUCAUAAUUUGUCAAUUGUCCCUGUAACGUUUUCUCUUACAGUUUAAAUAAAACGCCAGGACAUGGCGAGCACUUCGAGCGAUCAAUCAACGACUGCCCAGAAAACAUGGGAAAUGUCAAACAAUGUUGAAUCCAUCAGUACCGUAGAUGAAAUUUAUCGUUAUGAUCGUAAAGAACAGCAAGAUAUACUAGCUGCUAAACCAUGGGAAAAGGAUCCUCACUUUUUCAAAGAUAUUAAAAUAUCUGCUUUGGCUCUUCUUAAAAUGGUGAUGCAUGCUCGUUCUGGUGGAACGCUAGAAGUGAUGGGACUUCUCCUAGGAAAAGUAGCAGCUAACACGAUGAUUGUCAUGGACUCUUUUGCACUACCAGUCGAGGGUACAGAAACACGUGUUAAUGCCCAAGCACAGGCUUAUGAAUAUAUGACUGCUUACAUAGAAGCAGCCAAACAGGUUGGAAGACAAGAAAAUGCUAUAGGAUGGUAUCACAGCCAUCCUGGUUAUGGAUGUUGGUUAUCAGGAAUUGACGUAUCGACUCAAAUGCUCAAUCAAAACUUCCAAGAACCAUUUGUCGCUAUAGUAAUUGACCCAGUAAGAACAAUCUCAGCUGGAAAAGUAUGUUUAGGUGCUUUCCGAACGUAUCCAAAGGGCUACAAACCAGCCAAUGAGGAGCCAUCGGAGUACCAAACAAUCCCUUUGAAUAAAAUCGAAGACUUUGGUGUUCAUUGCAAGCAAUAUUACUCCUUAGAAGUAACCUAUUUCAAAUCAUCAUUAGAUCGACGACUCCUCGACUCCUUGUGGAAUAAGUAUUGGGUGAAUACCCUCAGCUCAUCAAGUCUUUUAACAAAUGCAGACUACACCACUGGACAAAUAUUUGAUCUCUCGGACAAACUAGAACAAUCCGAAGUUGCUCUUGGUAGAGGAGGAUUUCUUCUAAGUGGUACAGAUCCUCACGAUCGUCGAACCGAAGACAAACUAGUGAAAGCAACUCGAGAUAGUUGCAAAACAACCAUAGAAGUAAUACACGGUCUGAUGGCCCAAAUCAUCAAAGACAGAUUAUUCAAUCAAGUCGGUAAUAGCGCAACUGAUUCUUCUUAGAUCCCUAGAGAAACAAUAUUGCUAAGUGUAACAGACACCUAAAAUAAAUGUGAGUAACCGGAGUCACGCACUGACGAAUGGACAUUACAAUCAGCAAGCUACCCCUUUUAUCCUUUUUUCACAAAUAAAUCGUAAAGUGCACAAAGGGUCUCUAGAAUACAUAUACACGAGUCUUCACGCGGAUAUAAAUUACCGUGGAAUAAAAAUACAUUUUAUUUUCACACCUUGAUUCACUAAAAAGUAUAUACAGCGUCUUUAUCGUUAUUCAUUAUCCUCGUAACUGAAGUAUAUACAUAUAUACAUAUACAAUAUAAACAUACAUAAUGUAUAUAAAUAUUCAUACAAACAUUAUAUAUAUGUAUAUACCCCAAUGCCCGUGAGCGCGCAUCUACGUGAUCUUUGUUUUCUCACUCUCAAUCACGCACAGAUGCGUACGCACUCUCGCGCUCACACGCGCGAUAUACCAUAUAUAUAUAUAUAGUUUAUAAAACUAAUAUAAGGGCUGAGAAGAAGUAGGCAGGGCCACCCCCUUUCACUGAAGGGCUGAAACGAUUCGCACAAGGAAUUUUACAAGGGACGGAGCGUAAAAUACGUAGGAGUCUGCACCGUCGCGCUUCGGCACGCGCAUUAAUAAUAUAUCUACUUGUUUAUUAAGAAGACCGAAACGCGAUAAUCCGAUGGAGCCACGAUGCUUAUGAAUUCAACAGACAUCGCGACGCCCGCGUGAGAUCAUACGUGAUCAAAGAAUUAGCGCAAUUUGCUAGAGAACAUUCCAUUCCAUACUUUUUGCCUUUUCUUUUCUUUUUAGGCACUUUCGCAUGUUUCAUGCGCGAGUGUCGUAUUAUACAUUAUUUUAUCCGCAUUUUUUUCGGUCCAUGCAACUCUUUAUCUUUCAAUAGUGUCACGGCACGCAGAUGGUGAAAUAAUACUACUUUAGGCGAAAAGACGUUCAGCCCCACACGUUCACAAAGGGAUAUACUUUUAUGCGUAUAUAUGUGUACAUAUAUAAUAGAUGUUCAUAUAUAUAGGUAUAUAUAAAUAAAUAACAUAUAUGUACACGUAUAUUAUAUGUAUUUAUAUCUAGCUAGACUGAAAAAAUGUAUAAACGCUACGCGUAUCACGGCACAAGAUGUCUACGGAUUCUUUCGGGCAUCGUAAUGUAGUUUUUACAUGUGACAGAAAGAAAAAAAACCAUGAAAUAUGCCAAGGACGAAGGAGAGUAGGACACGUGAAAUAAAGGAAUUUAUUAACAUUA